AAUGGAAUUUUUAGGAAUAGAAAACUUGCAAAUGCGUAUUGACGGCCAUAGAUAACAUUUUACGCGCCUGGCGAAGAAACAACAGGGAUGUUUUAAUAAACAACAAUAUCAUACGUCGAUCAAGUGAAGAUACUACGUUGUGUAACAGUACAAGUGGGGGAAAAAAUAAUAAUACUUUUGCGCGAAAGAAUGGGUCUUUCGGACGCCAAGCCCAGCUUAUCCUUCCACAGGGUGUAGUAUGGGAACAAGCUUCUAUCCAGAAGAGGAAGAAAACCAUACAAGGAAUUUCAACCAUAAUGAUGAAGAAAGACAUGAGUUUGAACCUCGACGACCAGAACAGCUCCAGUCUAAAGCCAGACCUCCGGGAUGCCGAGGGAAUACUUAAUUCACCCGACUUGGGACUCCUAAAGCUGGCUUCUCCGGAGCUGGAGAGGCUGAUCAUCCAGGCCAAUGGGAUGGUUACCACCACCCCGACCUCCCGGUUCGUCUACCCGAAGUCGGUGAGCGACGAGCAGGAGUUCGCGGAGGGUUUCGUCAAAGCCCUGGAGGAUCUCCACAAGCAGAACCAGCUCAACGGAGGACCGUGCGUUCCCCCAACGCUCAACAGACUCACCACCGGCGCCAUCCUCGCUUUGCCCACGGACCUUCCCGUGUACACGAACUUGAGCGCGUAUGGAAGUACCAGCGUGAACUAUUCCACGGACACCAUUCCCUUCCCACCGCCGCCGCCCGCGCACCCCAUGGCCGCGCAACAACAGCCGCAGCAGCCGCCCAAGGACGAACCGCAGACCGUGCCGGACAUGCAGAGCUUCGGCGACACUCCGCCGGUCUCCCCCAUUAAUAUGGACACGCAAGAGCGCAUUAAAGCCGAGAGGAAGAAACUGCGCAACCGGAUCGCCGCUUCCAAAUGCCGCAAGAGGAAACUGGAGCGGAUAUCACGACUGGAAGACAAAGUAAAGAACCUGAAGACACAAAACACGGAGCUGGCGUCCACGGCCAGUGUGCUGAGAGAACAAGUGGCACAGUUAAAACAGAGAGUGAUGAACCAUGUCAAUAACGGGUGCCAAUUACUGCCUAAUCAAGUUCAAGCUUAUUAGAGCACAUCCAUCUCUAGACAUCAGUAUUUGGAGGGUUGACAUGCAGGUUUUCCAACACAAGUUACAAAGUAAACAAUACAUUGGGAGCAGUGUUGGGUGUAAUGCAUUACUAAGUAACUAAUAACAGUAAUGAAAGUAAAGUAAGGGAUUACUCUUAAUUUUCCAGUACUUUAAUUACAGUUACUUCUGAUGUAACACCGUAUCGACUAUAGAACAAUUGUAUAUAAAACAAUUUUAUAUUUAUAAUCUGAUGUUAAAAUGUAAUGCAAAUCCUUUGGCCAGUUCACGAGUGAUUUAUUUGAUUUGAUAUGGUUUAUUUGAAAGAAUUAGAAAGUAAUUAGUAAUUAGUAAUGCAAUUACUUUUCAGACAGAGUAAUUAGUAGUCUAAUUCUACACUGUAGAAGAUGUAAUUAGUAGUUAGUAAUUAAUUACUUUUUAAGAGUAUCUUACCCAACACUGAGUUUAUCCUGCAUAAAGAGGGGGCGUGUUUAAUAUAAUGGCUCAGUCUCGUUGAAGUUCCAGAACGGCUAAAAUCGCUAUUUUAGCGAUGGUUAGUUAGUAGAGCGCAACUAAGCCCGCCCACUUUUUCAGCCAUCUGGGUUCCGGAAGUAUUUUCCCCAUUCAUUUGUUCCAUAGACUUUUUUUUAGAAAAUCCUUCAUAAACGAGUUGUGAGCCAUGAACCAAACCAACCAGCUCCGACGUGGGGGGUCGCUUGAUAUGAGCACACAGCGAUCGUCUGUGUUCCGCAACUGCUUUCGGGUUCUUGAAUAACGUAUAACUUGCGAGUAAGGGCAGCCGUUGGACUUUCUGGUGCCCUCCUAGGGUAAGAUGGUGCCCCCCCUAGGUAGUUAGUGCCCUACACAGACUGCAUAGUCAGCUUAUAGGGAGUGGCGGUACUGGGUACAAGACUGUGCACUUACAGUCUUUCAUGAGGGCACGGACUACAAUCCCAUGAAGCAUUGCGAAUGAUAUUUACAUUUGUUUUACAAAAAUAUUCAGAUAUGUAGAAAUAUAUAUGGGAGACCGACAUGAUUACGUCAUUCACAAUGGAUCAUGGGAGCGGGUGGUCGCUCUGAGGCAUGUUUCGCUGGUUUCGUUGGCCGCGGUUCUCUGGUGUACCAUGGGUAAUGUAGUUGUUUACCAUUAAUAACGUGGACGGAUGGCAGAUUCCAUCGAUGAACAACCUCGUAGCUCACGGUAGGUCUGUCUUUAAAAAUCAAUCUUUGAAAAUCAAUGAAUCUAUAGGAUAAAUGAAUGGGAUUUUUACUUCCGGAACCAGACCGUUGCGCUCUGUUACAUUCGACUAAUUUGCUAGGACAAGUGGCGUUUCAAUUCCAAGAGCUCUCAUAUUUUGAAUAACGGCGCAGGAACAAUUCAUUGUUUGCAUCCCUCCGCUGGUCUGUGAUAAUGUAUUAGUCCAUGCAUUGCUUGGCGAAACGCAAGGCUCGAUCGUUCUUUGCCUUGUUUUUAUCAUAUAAUUCAUUUGAAAUGAUUCUCUUAAUUAUUUUCAAAUAUUACUCAGAGCUGCGUCCAUUUUAAUCACGCCACUCAGCAGGAAACACCGCUUGACGUAUCAUGCCAACUUCCCAUUUACUGAUGUCUGGAAGUCCAAACCACCCUUCCAGUGACCGGUCAUUCUCUUUUGGACUGUUGUAAAGGACACUGCAGGUGCUGAUGUAAAAUACGAAAAGAAAUGAAAUGGUAUAACAUGUUUACAACAUUUUGUAGCAAAUGGACUUAAAGUGUGCCCAACUGCAUUGGAGGACAACUGCAAUUGUGCCACGUAAUUUGAUCUCGUCGCAGCUGUAUUUUGCAUUUGCAUGCCCGAGACAAGCUCAACACGAGUGCUAUCAAACACAACAAAGAUGUCAUGCAUGCACGCUUCAUGUCUAAUGCCUUAUUUGACAAUAAGCACUUAUUAAUCAAUGACUGUAUCUAUUUUAUAUACAACUAUUCACUAUGUCUUUAAUGUUCUGUGGAAUAUUUGUGUGUUGUGAUGUAAACGUUUCACCUGUCACAUGUUGUGUGCCACCUUUAUAUGUUUCCAGUGCGAUGAAGCAUCAUUAAAACCUGUUCGAUUGACAUAAUUGUGUUUAUCGUUAAUUU